AUGGUCCUUUUAGGACUAAGUCUCCUGAUAGCAUCAGUAUCAUUUCUAUGUUACAAACAUUCUCCUACAACAUGGUGGGCGUUCCUGCAUCGAUUGCGACCUGCGACUAGUAUUCGAGAUGGAGGGAAACGAGAGGAUACUGUGCCUGGGAUUACAAUCGCAGAUGAGGGAAAAAAGGGAUCUGGAGUAGAAGGAUCUUUAAGGUCGUCACUAUCUGCGGAUGCGCCGUCGUCGAAUAAUGAAAGGAAACCCGAACUAGAGGAAUCUACAAGUGCUCCGAGUUUUCAAAUAACAGAAGCUCCUCCUCAGUAUACGACGACUGCGAAAUUAGAGGAAUCUAUCAAUGCGCCAGGUUUUCAAAUAGCAGAACCUCUCCAAGAUGCGACGACGACGAAAUUAGGAGAGUCUAUCAAUGCGCCAGGUUUUCAAAGAACGGAACCUCUCCAAGAUGCGACAAUCGCCAAGACGACAGCUACAGAGUAUAAUAACAUGCCGCCACCACCUAUUAUACCAGCGCCCAAUACCAAAGCUACAGAGUAUAAGAAUAUGCCACCACCUAUUAUACCACCACCCAGCAAAGCAGCACUCGACCGCGCCGCCAUGCCACCACCACCUCUCUUCAAAAAACCCACACCUGCCCUAAAAAGACCUUCCUCUCCAACCACUCCCCGCGCAAACGCCUCACAACCCUCUCCCACCUCCAACAUCCCAUCCUUUUCCCUCGACGAAACAUCCACCUCCACCUCAACUGAAGAACCAGAAAUACCCUCCUUCCCCGCCGCAAACUCCGCACAACGCGCUUCAGGCGGUCCCCUCACAGCCCCACGUUUAAACGCCCUCCCAAAAUAUACAUCCCCAUCACUCGCCGCCCCAUCUCGCGCCCCCAUACCCAAUCGCCUCCGCUCUCCUCUCCCAAAUCGCACACCCUCCUCAUCCCUCGCCGCCCCCUCGCUCGCCCCUCCACCAUCCCAUACAUCCAUCCCGCUCAAACCCCGCAAAAAGGUCCUCCUAACCCCCCAACAUUCCCCCCUCGACUGGGCGCGCCUCACCACCUCCCCCAACUCCAACCUCCGCGGUCUCCCUGCUUCCUCCCCUCUCCUGCGCGUUCCUCCCUCCCUUUUAAAGCAAUUCACCGGCCGAAAAGGAAAAGAUGCAUGGACUGUUCUCGGAGGCAAGGUCUAUAACAUCACACCUUAUUUACCAUAUCAUCCAGGAGGCGAACCCGAAUUAUUGAAGUGUGCGGGUAGAGAUGGGACCCGGCUUUUUGGGGAGGUGCAUCCGUGGGUUAAUUGGGAGGGCAUGUUGGAGGCGUGUUUGGUGGGGAUUAGUGUGGGAGAGGAAGAGGGGGAGGGGGGUGGUGGAUUGGAGGAUAUGGAUUAG